AUUUCUGUCAUGGCCCAAACCCAUUCAAACCCCCAAACCCAUAUUUUGAGUCAAAAGAAAAACCCUAAAGAAGGGCAUUUUAGUCAUUUUGGAUGAUCUGCAACCUAAGAUAUUUCACUUAAAUGUUGUGGCCACGAUCUAGAGAGGAGAGGGAGAGAAAAUUGAUGGCAAAGCCCUGCCAAAUUCACCAAAAACGCAGCCUGCAACACUCUGUUCUCUAAGUGAGGUCAGUGUCAAGUUGAGGUUUUGGAGAGGAGUUUACGGCCAGAUACUUAAGAUUUAAGCAAAGAGUCUUAGCUGGAUCGAUAGAUCUCGUUUCAAGGAGGACACAACAAUUUUCGUAUCUCAGUUACGAGAGCCAUAUUGUGGGGCAAUUUUCGGUUGAUACAGAAGGAUCUAGGUGACGGUAUUGUUAUGGUUGGAAAGCUGACAUUCCCGGCUUUCUACAGCCACCACGACCACACAUUUACGAGUGUCACAUAGGGGUUUUGUGAGAAGAUUUCCCGGUGAACCAGAGAGAGUUAGAAAGCGAGUAAGAUAUCUCUGGAAAGCUCUUGUUUCGAGGAAUCUGUAUCAGUUGACGGUUUCUUGUUUAGAGUUUCAGAUCGCUAGAACAAUAUUUCAACCGCUAUAUUCAGAAUUUACUUUCAACCUUAGGGCAAAGGUGAGGAUGCGAUCUGUGGAUUCUUAAUAUUAUUAGUCAAGUUGUAUUCUUAAAUGCUAGGUCUAGGAACUUGUUUGUAUUUGAUUGUGAUUGAUGUGUGAUGAUAAUUUGUGAUGAUAAUUUUAAUGAUUAGUUGAUAAUGGUUUAAGUGAUAAGUGAUGAAAGUGUAAAGUAUAUAUAAAAUGUGUGAAGUCGGACUGAGGACGAGGACAUGGCGAUCCCGUCAAAGCCCGUAAACCGGAUGACGAGCCCAAGGUGGCGUACGACCUUUCGAGGUGACGGCCAGCCUAAGUGUUAUGUUAUUAUUAAUAUUGGGAAUGGUUAUGAGAUAAGAAAUGUUAAUGUGAUUAAUGGAAGUGUAUUGAUAUGAAUAAUUUGUUAUGAUUGCUAAUUGUUUAAUAUGUUGAGUGAUGCAUGUUCUAGGACUAGUAUUUUUGUGUGCAAGUUGGUUAAUAAUGUUAGGAGUCAUGUGGACAUGCAUGACCAUCCUCACUGAAUGACUGUGUGUUAUUCACCCCUCUUUCCCCUUUUCCCCUUUCAGGUGAGGAGUGAAGGUUCACAGCAAGUCUUGUCGGGUGCUGGUUUUAAAAAUGAGUUUUACUUAUGUUUUAUUUCAGAUAUAACUACGUUGGUUUGACUUUGCGAAUUAUGCGGUUUAUGAUUUCAUGUUAAGAUGUUUCUUUAAGAAUAAAGAUGGAUUUUUAUGAAAUAUAUUUAUUAAGUUGGUUAGUUUUGAAAGACGGGUGUUACAAUUUUGGUAUCAAAGCUAGUUCUAUCCCGGUUCCGACCUGGGAUGGCGGUCAAUAAAUCAGUUUCCAAUGUUUUAAGGUUUUUAUGGGGUUUUGGGAUAUUUAAAAAAAAAAAAAAAAAAAAAAAAUGCACCGCCGACUCCGCAUUUGAACCUCAAAGUCCUUAAAUCCUUUGUUGAGCUGUCCUAAAUGUUUUGUAUUAGGGCAAAGUAUGGCUCGAGGUGGAACUAGAAGAGGUGGAGCUAGAAGAGGCAGAGGACGUGGAGCUCACCCUAGGGAAGAAACUGUUGAAAUGACUGCAGAGAGUACUCAUAACGGAGGUCAAGCACCAAUUCAAGGAGUGGAUCCGACAGUGAUCACAGCAGCAGUGGUUGAAGGACUCAGACAGUUGUUUGGACAACAAAUUCCAGCAAUACCAGUAGGCGGACAGAUGCCUGGUGUGGCUGCGGCUCAGGCUCAAGGUGCACCACCACCACCUGUAAUUCCACCACCUCCACCGCCAGUACAGAUGCCAAAUCAGGAUCUGAGGCAUGACUACUGGAAAGUGUUGAAGCUGAUGAGAGAAAUGGGAACUACAACUUUCAAUGGUGAAACUGAUCCAGUUGUAGCUGACAAUUGGAAGAAGCAGCUGGAGCGUAACUUCGGAAAUGUUCGCUGCCCACCAGAGUAUAAGGUAGAGUUAGCUACAAGCUUUCUUUUGGGUGAAGCUCAGAUUUGGUGGGAUGAAUUUGUUAGGGGAGGUCAGCCAGGCUACAUUGUUCCUUGGACUACAUUCCGAGAAGAGUUUGAUAGGAAGUAUUUUCCGCAAGAGGCUUUGGACCAGUUGGAAAUGGAGUUUCUGUCACUCACUCAGGAGAACCGAUCAGUGAGGGACUAUGAGCGAGAGUUCAACAGACUUAAAAGGUUCGCUGGGAUGAUGGGUUUGAGACUGGAUAUCAGCAAGAUUUGUCAGAUUCGUGACUAUGGAAGUCUCAUUGACUUGGUGGAAAGAGCUUCAUUGACUGAGCGCAAUAUUGAAGAGGAAAACAAACUGACCAAGAGUGCACCGCAAAAAUCUGCUCGAACAACAGAACCAGUGAGACAUCAGCAAGAUAGUCGGGGAGUUAUUGCUGGAAGGGACAAGGGAGCAGCAUGCAGCCGGUGUGGAAAGAAUCAUAGCGGAACUUGCAUGAGUUCUACAGGGUUAUGCUACAAUUGCGGCCAGCCUGGACACACAAAGGCGACUUGUAGGAAGUUUAUGGGCACAUGCAAUUCUUGUGGAAAAGUAGGUCAUCGUGCUAAAGACUGCAGGGUGAGACAGCAUGGUCAGAUCAUCGGCAAUCAAAACAGGGAACAGUUGCCUCCGCCUCCAAAGAGACAGACAGUAGCUCCCCGUGCUUAUGUAGCAGGAGAUCAUGAGGGCAACGAGCCAAUCGCGGGAUCUAUCUCUGUUGGAGAUGUCGCUGCAUACACAUUGUUUGAUAGUGGGGCUACACAUAGUUUUGUGAGCCCAAAACUAGUAAAGUGUUGGCACUUUAAGGGAAAAGUUCGCAAUAAAGAAUGGAAAGUCGAAACCGCAGGAGAUGAACCGAUGAAAUCUUCAAGGACUUUCAAGGAUGUUCUGAUUAUAAUUGAAGGUGUUGUACUUCUCGGAAAUCUUGUGGAGAUGAAGUUGGGUCGUUAUGAUGUUAUACUCGGAAUGGAUUGGUUAAAACAACACGACGCGUUAUUAGAUUGCCGAAAGACACGGAUUACCUUUUCAGGACCAGAAGGAAGAAUGAGUUACCAGGGGCUUAAGCUUCAGAGUGGAAUUCCAAUUAUCUCAAUGAUUCAAGCAGAAGAGUUGCUAGCAAAGGGAAACGAAGCUUACCUUGCCACAAUAACUAUGGAGGGGGGGCGAAGUAGAUGCAGAGCUAGACACUAUUCCAGUCGUAGCUGAAUACAAAGACGUUUUUUGA